GGUCUUUCUAGCAGGUAUUUGGUAAACAUGGCAGAGAUUAUACUCGGAAAUAACGACCAGUACAGCUGCUCUGUGUGUCUUGAUUUACUGAAGGAUCCGGUGACAAUUCCUUGCGGACACAGUUACUGCAUGAGCUGCAUCAAUGAGUGCUGGACAAAGGACCAGAACGGGCCAUAUACAUGUCCACAGUGCAGACAGACCUUCAGCUCAAAGCCUCCACUCAACAGAAGUACAGUCCUUGCAGAGAUUAUGAAUAAUUUGAGGGCCAAAGAGCUUCCUCAAAGUCCUGCGGGACCUGGAGAGAUUGCGUGUGAUUUCUGUGCUGGAGAAAGCAUCAAAGCUGUCAAGUCUUGCUUGGAGUGUCGAGCAUCUUACUGUGAAUUACAUGUACAGCCGCACUAUAAUGUUGCUGCUCUGAGGAAACAUGGGCUGGUUAAAGCGUCCACCAUACCAGUUUGCUCUAAACACGACAAGCUCCUGGAGGUCUACUGUCGAACAGACCAGACCUGUGUCUGUGCACACUGCUUAAUGGAUGACCACAAGGGCCACGACACAGUGCCAUCCACAACAGAGCGCAAGGAGAAAGAGAUGAAACUUAAAGACACUCAAACAAAAGUCAAGCACACAAUCCAGGCCAAAGAAAAAGAGUUGCAGAAUAUGAAAAUAGACAUCAUGUCUCAUUCAGAUUCUACAAAGAAGGCAGUGGAAAACAGUAAGAGCGUCUUCACUGAUUUAGUCAAACUUAUUGAGAAAAGAAGCAAUGAGAUGACAGAAAAGAUAAAAGCUCAAGAAAAGGCUGACCUGGAUCAAGGCAGAAAACUACAAGAAAAGGUGAAAGGGGAAAUUACAGAUCUGAAGAAGAGGGAAGGAGUCCUCGAGACAGUUUUACAGACAGACAACAACAUCCACUUUCUUCAGAAUUAUGAGUCUGUGUUGUCUUCUGGGUCUGAUGGCUUUCCCAGCCAUUCUUUUAAGCCUGGAUGCUCAAAUACAGAUGUAAACACACUUCUCUGCCAACUUAAAGAACAACUAGAAGCUGUUUUUAACCAGGAAAUAAAUAAAACGUUUCAGAAGGUUUCAGAUCUGACCACAAAGAACAAUCCCGGCUGCAUUAAUGUUGGAGAUAGAGUCCGAGUGAAAGAGUCUAUUAAAAGGCCAAAAUAUGACUGGGGCAAAGGUGUCACGCAUAAGAGUGUGGGUGUGGUGAAAGAUAUUAAAAGCGAUAAGACUUUGGUCGUCGACUUUCCUGGAUCUGCAGGUUGGAAAGGAAUUCUCGCUGAAAUGGAGCUAGUAAACGAUGACGUUGAAUGUGGAUCUUCAACUCUCACCUGCAAUAUUAAAAUUAGAGACAAAGUCUGUGUGAAGCCAUCUGUUGAAACACCAAUGUAUGGAUGGGGUCCGAUUACCAACAAAAGCAUUGGCAGUGUUAUAAAUGUGCAGGGUGAGACUGUGACAGUUAAUUUCCCUGAGCAGGAAGGUUGGAUUGGAGAUGUUUCAGAAGUGGUGCUUGCAGGGAUCACUGAUUUAGGGUCCGCCACUUACGUAUCCUUCAAGAUAGGAAUGAGAGUCCGGGUGAGACCUUCAGUAAAAGACCCAAAACAUGGAUGGGGAUCAGUCAUUCACAACAGCAUUGGUGUCAUUACAAAAAUUGAGGGUGAGUCUUUAACUGUGGAUUUCCCUGAACAGACAGACUGGACUGGUGAGGUUUCAGAAAUGGAGCUCAUCACUGGUGAUGUUUCAGAACCCCUUAGUUUCAGUCCUGGAUCGAGAGUCCGCGUUAAACCCACCGUCAGCACUCCAGCUCAUGGUUGGGGAGGCGUCACUAAAAACAGCAUUGGACUGGUUACAGCAAUUGACGGCACCAAAGUCACUGUGAUGUUUUCUGAACAGUCUAAUUGGACUGGCAUUGUCUCAGAGAUGGAGGUGGUGCCUUAAUAAUAAUAUACAAGAUCCAGGAGCUGUUGAUUAUAUUCAGAGACAUUCAGAUGCUUAGACUUCAUAAUAUAUACUUUUUUGGACAGCAGUGUAAUGGAUGGGCAUGUAGGAAUACUCCCUCUAUAACACAAUCUCUGAUAUAUUAGGGGUCCAUGAGGUGGGGCUGAGAAGGGGUCAAAGGGCCACUAGAAUGAUCUGACCCUUACAAUCUCAAAAAGAAAAGCUUAAAUGUGAAACAUACUUGCAUUAGGGGAUUGUUCAUCCAAAAAAUUCUUCCAUCAUUUACUGCCCUCAAGUUGUUCCAGUCCUGUGUAAAUAUCUUUGUUCGGCUGAACACAGAGGAAAGAAUAUCAGAAGCCAAACAGAUCUCUCCGCACAUUUACUCCCAUAGUAUUUAUUUUUGUAUAAAAUAACAUUAUUAUUAUUAGGAAUGUGUUACUAAUAUAUCAUAAUAAACAGCCAUUGUGGUAAUUUACAGCUAUGGAAACUCUGUUUAUCUUGGAUUACUGGAUUUAAUAUGUAUAUAUUUGUUGUAAAAUGUUACAUUUGUUUUGUUCCAUUAAGGUCUGAUUUAAUCCAAGUAAAAAAACUAACCAAAUUAAGAGCUUUUUCUUCAGAAAACUGUCAGAAUAACAAAUGUUUUUCUUUGUUGUGGU